GAUGGACGGAGAUGGUGAAGUCGGAACUCGGAAGACAUCAUCUUUCCUGCGGCCACAGUUAUCAUACACAUGGCCGUCCUCACCACCUUAACUUCCAUUCUCGCCGUUAGAUCGGCGGCCAAUCCGGCAACCGGUGGCGACGCCGACUCCUCCCUUACUCAGCUGCCAUCGCCGCGGCUGACCCGUGUGAUCCUUCCAAAGAAGAAGCCGCUGAAGUGGUCCACUGGAACGGCUCCAGGUGAGUACGGCGGACCUCCGACGACGACAAAGCUCCGAAAAUACUGGGGUGGCGGUGAUGGGGAUCCCCUCACAUCUACCGACGAUUUCAUCUGGAACAAGGAUUUCGUCGGCCACAUGAAGCGCUUCGUCCGCGACGAGCCGAACGCCUCCAGCACAUUUCCCUCUAGGGUGGAGCAAAGCUCGGGAUUUCUAAGCCUGAAGCGAGCAAUGAGCCUUGACAGUGUCGGAAUUGAUUUGAGCGAAGAACUGCGUCCACCGCCCAAGCCAGUUCUGGAGCAGCAGGUGGAGGCAGCCAGGAGCGGUCGCUCUGCUACUGAUAACCUUGAUGAUGCUGCAUCACCAAGAUGGCGAUUGGUUCCCACACGACGAGAGCAGGCAAAGUGGGAUAGAGCAAACAAAGCUGCUACUGGAGGGAGUGAUGUCAUAAUACGAGAAUCAUCUAGGAGUCGAGGGGAUCCUAGGGUUUUGGCAGCUCAAUCUUCAGAGGACUAUGUUAAGUUGAAGAAAAAUCUUCAGGUGCUCACUCUAGGGAUUGGUGGCAUUGGCGUAAUCUCAGCAUAUGUUUCCUACAGUCCUGAAAUUGCUGCUAGCUUUGGUGCAGGAUUGAUUGGUUCCCUUAUCUACAUCAGAAUGCUAGGCAAUACUAUAGAUUCCAUGGCAUCUGGGGCUAAAGGCCUUGUAAAGGGAGCUGUUGGACAACCGAGAUUACUUGUUCCAGUGGCUAUUGUUAUGAUAUACAGUCGGUGGAAUGAAAUACUAGUUCCAGAUCAUGGCUUCAUGCACUUGGAAUUGAUACCCAUGCUUGUUGGGUUCUUCACCUAUAAAGUGGCAACUUUAGUUCAAGCUAUUCUAGAUUCCAUCGCCAUAGUUGAGGAAAGAAGCUAAUUCUAUGUUUUGGUAUCUUCAUUUGUGUUAAAGAUGAGAAUCUUUCUCAGAUUAAAUGGCUAUUAAUUUGUUGUUAUUCGAUGAAGCCUGUUUCCAGCCUUUAUUC